CAGGUGUCUUCCCGCCUUCAGGCUUAGGCCUUCAUGUGAUGGUGAGGGAUGAGAAGAGGUAUGCGAUCCUGUUCCAGUCAGUGGUUCUACCAUGCCAAUACACCAGCGUUUCCACACAGCCAGCUAUGGUGAAGUGGAUUUACAAAUCGUACUGCAGGGACCGCACAAGGGACUCCUUUAACCUCCCAGACAGCUUGAGUGGAGGCGGGCUGCAGGGUGGAAAUGUAGGGACGGGCAGAGGCUACGAGACGGGUACGACUGCCAGCCACCUGGACUGCUCUGACAACAGGAGGACUGUCAGGAACGUGGCCUCCAUCUCUGGGUCCUCGGUCACUCUCUCUGAGUUCUACAAGAACAGAGAUGUUACCAUCAUCAAUACUGCAGAUCUGCGUAUAGGAGAGGUGCAGUGGGGAGACAGUGGUGUUUACUUCUGCCAAGUGACGAUCGCUGAUGACAUAGAAGGACAGAAUGAAGCUUCGGUGGAGCUGCAGGUUCUUGGUUUCUCAGGUGUGCCUGAAGAUCUCCUUCCUGACUUUGAUUUGAAGAUUAUGCCAGAAUGGGUGUUUGUGGUGGCUGUGGUGCUCGGCAGUGUUUUAUUCCUGCUGCUGGUUGGAGUUUGUUGGUGUCAGUGCUGUCCCCACUCCUGCUGCUGCUACGUCAGCUGCUGGUGUUGCCCUGACACGUGCUGCUGCCCCCGACACUUGUACGAAGCAGGUAAAGGCAUAAAGACUAGAACCUCCACCCCUCAAACUCCAGCCUACCCUCCAUACUUUGUGUCUGGACUUCCAGCCAUGGUCCCCAUUGCCCCGCCAUCACUGGUGGACAAGGUGUCUUCUGCCCCCCCCUCAGAUGGCACCCUGGUUGCAGCAGUAUCUCCAGUGCCAAUGCAUGCUGUGGGGAUGCCCUACCGUGUUCCUUCACCACAGGAUCAAAACUCUCUAAGGGUUCUACAGUAUGUAGAGAAACAGCUGGCUCACUUCAACCCUUCCAGGUCCAGCAGCAGACAGACCUGCAGUCAGUCAGAGUUGAGCUCCCUCCAUGAAGUAGACACCAACUUUCGCCAAACUUAUAGAAACGUCCAGAAGAAAGCCCUACCUGCCAUCCCUGAUCAAGACUCCUCUUGUCAGGAACCCCAGAGCCGCCGUGAGAACUGCAGUCCAGAGCUGCAGCGUCACCGUAAAAACCCCUCAUCACCACAUCGUUACCAUCACCCAGAUUCAGACCACCUUGACAGCCAGGAUGAGCCUCUACUUCCACGACGAUACAGCGAUGACCCUCCGUCUUCCUCUCAUUCACACAGGAUUGGUCGAAGUAAGCGACAACAGAACUCCAGUGAUGAGGACACUCACGGCAGAUGGAACCCUUGUUCAGAAAAUCUGCAGAGAAAGACCUAUCGCUCUUCUGGACGGACGGGCUCCCUGGAUGAGCUGGAGGAGUUUGCUGCUUCCUACAAACGGAGAGAAAGCAGAGGAAAAGAAAGGAGAGGGGAAGAAAUGGUGGAGUAUGAGAUGGAGGAUCUGGAGUACAAUGGAUACCCUUCCCAUCGCAAAGGUCCUCCUCAGCAUUAUUACAGCAAUGAGGAUCAUUUUGAUGAUAACAGUGUGCAAGAAGGUUAUACCAGAGCAAACAACAACAGCAAAUACAACAUAAGCCCUCUUCCUUCUCCUAAAAAGAAGGGGGGCACACGGGAAAGGGAGAGGCCUGAGCCACCACCCCCAGUAAUGAGCCCACCAUCAAAGUCCUCUCAGGACAGGGACUACGACGCCACUUUCCUGAAUAGCUUGUUGGAGCGUAAGGAGAAACUACGAGGAGUUUCCCAGAGAAAGAAUGAGGCGCGGUGUGAGGAAGAUUUAGAUUCACCUUCAAGGGGGGGCACAAAGAAGAGCAGUAGGGAAUCCAGUCGGCUCUGUAGCCGCUCUCCCAGUAACAGGCCUGAGGCAGACUCGCUGCCUCCAUCUGACUCAGAAAGAACCAGAACUGAAAGACUGUCUCCACGAAUACUUCCAGCAAACGCUCGCUCCUCCCCACCUGUUUAUUCCCUGCCUGCUUAUAGGGAGGAGCAGCGGGACAAGUCCCGGAAAGUGGUCAGAUUCAGAAGCUACCAGAAUGAAAACUAGAACACUCUUCUCAGCCGAGACUCACUUAUCGUCUGACCAAGUCGGAGACAAAGGCAGCGAAAGGAAUCAAGCAGAGAAAGACUGCAGCUGUGAUAUCCAGCACGAACCACACAUCAGCUGAAAAAAAAAACGAUGAAACGCACUUUAGGUCUGCGUUUUCCAAGCCUUACUGAAAGAGCUGCAUGGGAGAAACACAAGGACAGCUCAACCAGUGAAGGAUGACAGUGGCACUGCAGUUGUGAUAUCACCAUGUGAUGAAGUCACUGGCUGUGUCAUGUAUAUCUCUGCUGCACUAACAUGAUGUCAGCGGGACCAAUGGCCUGGACUGUUUCUUUCCUUCAGAUGCAGUUUUUAUCCCCUUUGUCGCUUUAGAAAAGCUCUGCAGAAAUACUUGUUACCAUUCAGUCACAAUGGGUGCUUUAAUAUCUACUUAAUGAGUAAUGGGAGUUGAAGAGUCCACUUGUAUAAUAGAUAAAAAUGACAACACUCAAUGUAUAAAAUAUAUUCUGUCUCUGCAUCGGAAAACAAUGGGCGUGAUUUAAUUUAUUACCGUUCAACAACUAAAGCACUUACGUUUGAGAGAUUUUUUUUGUGAGAUUCUUAAUUUACAUAGAAAAACAUCAACACCUUUAUAAAUGUUUGAUUAAUGAACACUUGAAUUAAUAAAUUCAUCACAGCACUGGGCAAAUCUCUUGUUUAUUUGCAGUUUCAUUCCAAGGAAGCUAUUUUCAUCUCAGUACAUAUAUUAUAUAUUUAGAGUCUUUUAUUAUAUAUAAACUACUAGAAUAACUAAAUAAUAUUUGUAAGACGUGGAUAAACAUUUAGAAUGUUUCAUUCCUAAAACUAUUAACUGUGUUGGUGAAAACUAGUGCAAGUGAUGAAUUAUGUCAUUCUUCACUAAUAAAAAUCAUUUCCCUGGGAAGAAAAAAAAAGUCAAGAGCAAAAGAAGAGGUUUGCAUUGUGCUGUACUUUUAUCCACUAACAUAUCACCUCAGCUUUAACACAAGCAAAAUAAUAAAGAGGAGCAUGUUGUAUUGCAUCACUAGAAAAGCUAAUAAAUGACUGGAUGCGUAUCAUUCAAUCACAACUGCAAAAAAGAAAAAAAUUGAAAAUACACAAACGCAGAGCACAUUUUAAGUUAUGGUUAUGAUUUUGUUUGUUACUCUAAUAAAUGUUUGUAUAUUUAAAACAUUCUUGUUUGCAUUAUAAAACAGAAACAUAACAAAAUGGGAAAUGUUGUGUCUAUUAUGAUAGAAAAGAUUUAAAUCAGCAAGGCCCUAUGAAAAUAAGGUAUUGCCCUCUAACAGAUUGUGCCACCCUUUGCAGCCACUAAUACACUGGAAAUACAUUCUUGGUAUUUUUGACCACUCUGCUUCAACUUGUGUGUGUUUUUUUUUUUUUAUUGGUCUGUUGAAGUCAUGCUAUAAGUCAUUGAGGUGCUGAAGCAGCAAACCACUGUUGGUAUGGUGUUAUAUUUCUCAACACUGUGUUAGUUUUAGGUCCGAUGUAGCAGGAGGCAAACUUUCCAGCAGUGAGAAGAGGUUUCCUUCCUAAAAAUUUCCACAGAUGCAAUUUUUGAAUAAAGAAUCAUGAACAAUCAAUAAACUGAGACAGCUUAGGUGCUUUAGAUGUUGCGUUAUGUUCUCUUAUGAUCCCCUGUCGGUAUCAUCAUUGUGUUCUUGAAGUAAUUUUGUUAAGGCCAGUCACUUCUGGAAAAAGCUCAACACUUUUCUAUCUUUUCUUAAUCAGUGGAUAACUGCACUCACUGCUAUUAACUGGAGUCAUAAAAAACUGAACUACCUUUUUGAAGCUUUGUAGACAGAAAUAUUUCAAAGGCAUUUCUCAUCUCUAAAAAGCUUUCGACUAGGGCAUGAUGUGUUGUUUGUUAUGUUCAUCUUGUUAAACAAGUUGUAUUUUAGUGUUGUUGUUUUUUUUUUUUUUACAGGUCUGGUCAUUUUUCUGAUCUAGAUCUAGAUUUUGGAAGUAAAAUUAAACUUUACAAAAAAAAAAAACGAUUUGCUUUCAGUGUAUUUUUCCAUGUGCUGCUCCCUGGGCGCCGCACAAUGGCAGCCCACUGCUCCC